CUAGAGCCAAAGCACAUUUACCACAUUAGGUAACUGUCUCUGGUAAAGUGUUGCUGAUUUAAAGACAGGAUACAUUAUAGUGUGGCCAUUGUUUUUACAUCUCAUGUAAAGGAACUAAACGAAAUGAUGUCCUCGUGUUUUAUUUUGUCCAGUGCGUCAGAGGGCAGACUAAAGUGUAGAUAAUAAAGUCCUUCUCGUUUCAAUAACGACGAACACAAUGCUGAUCAAAUCGACGGAGAACUCACUUGACAUGCAUUACACGGACAUCCACGGACUACUACAGCAAUAAGCCUGGCCAGUGGAGACCAAACCCGCCCAGCCAAUCCACCCACUGUGAAAUCCACAACCCCUCAGAGGUGCACUGAGGGUGAGUUUUUAAAGAAGCUGGCGUCAGUCCGGCGUGUAGGUCUGCUGUAAGGCGAGUGAGACAUCAUUUUCCAGUACCAGGAAUGGAGGAAAGGAGGUACCUGCUUCCAGAUGGGGGUGGCAAUUCCAAACUCUCCUCCAAAGCCAUCAAAAUGGAGCGUGACACAGCCGUUAGAGCUGUCAGGAAACAGCCGGGUGACCCAGAGACGUCCACACAAAUACGCGGGAGAAAAGAUGAUCUCUGUGAUGUGCCUUGCAAGGUGCCUCGUUUCCAAUAUGUUGAUUUCCCUUCUCUGCACCAGUGCAUCCAACAGCUUUCUGUGCCUCCCCUGAAUAGUUGGGUGGGAUCUUGCUCACUGACAAAGGCACCAAACCGUAGGCCCAUCAGUCCUAAAGAAAAUGUGCCCAAAUUUAAGUACGUGGACUACCCUUCUCUCCACCACUGCAUUCAGCAGCUGUCUGUGCCUCCGUUAGAAAGCUGGAGUACUGGGCUGGUCAGGCAUAAUGCAGAGGAAAGACCUGUUGGGUCUGAAGUGCAGAAGAUGCCCUCUCAGUCUGGGACUGUGAGAAACAACCAAACGGCAAAGGGGAAUGAAGCAGAGGUUCAGAACAAGGAGGACAGUAGUAAAGUGACCGCGUGUUCUUUUUCAGAUCCUGCGAAACUGAGAUACACACACACAAAAUCAAUCAUAGGGCCUGUGGGAGGACUAAAGAAAGACUGCACCUCAGAUGGAAAGAGACUGACAGAGAAAGUUGACUUAAGGUUUUCCGCUGUAAAAUCAGAGUUUGAUUCGGGAUCAGAUUAUGAUUCCAGGUUAGAAUCUGGUUCUGGAUCUCAGACGGACACAAUGGUGGUAAGAAAUCACAGACCUUCAGUAAUAAGCAUGGUGCACACAAACAAAAAGAAGCACCGGACACCGGAGGAACAUUGGAACCCACCCAAUCCUGUAGACUGGCUACAAUGGAAUAUUCUCCCAGAGCCAGUUUGCCCAUUUUGCCAACAGAUGUUCACAAAUCCAGAGCAGUUUAGGGCUCACCAGCGGAGCCAUAGAGAUAAGAGACCAAACUGAUGGGCAAAACUGAAAGGCCACCUGCUGAGUGAACGCUGCCUUUUGAAAAACAAAUGAUGCCGCAUUAUGGAAUCUCAUUAUCAGAGGCCUUCUUGUGUUUAUAGUACCUAAAGUGGUGGUUGCUGAAAAACAUUAGUUUUUGGUUCAGACCUAUGAGAAAAGACAAGUAUUUGUAUUCAUUAAUAACUUGAACUAUGACAGACAGAACUGGACAGACAGAAAAAAAUUAAUCUAGUUUGUGUAUGGGUCCAGACAAUCACAUUAUUACUAUUCAUAAGAGGUCAUUCAUUAAUCAUUUACUGCCCCAUUUAAGGACUAUCGGACAUGAUGGGGUUUUAACUUGCAGCGAAUAUAAACCAGAGUUAUAUUCUCUUCCACAUAUAUCAAUGUGCUGCAUACAACUAUGAUGUGGGCAAAGCACUGGUGCAAAUAAGAUACUUUAAUAUAUGUAUUACUCCAUACUGGUGACUAAAUAUUUAGCUCUGGGUGCCUAAAAAAUAAUGGCUAUUGUGUUUUGCUGCAGAAACAACCAGGCUUGUUAAUAACGAUUUGUUACCUUAACCUUUUUUGUAUUUUUUAUGUUUUUGACUGUAGUGACUUUACGCUGGUAGAUAUAUAAAUCUUUAAAAAAUG